AUGUCCUUCCCGGAGGUGGACGGCCCUUCCCCCAAAGAGGGCCUCCCACUUGGGCCGGUGGGAAAUCGUAGAACUUGGCUCCCUCAGCACACGUGCCCUGAGGAACAGCAUGAGAGUCGAAAGUCCAGGGAGGAACCGGCAGCCCGCCCGCAGCCACCAGAGGAGGUAAAGAACACAGCACGCCCAUGGAACCUAGCCCAGGAGCGCCAAGCGCAGGGAAAUCAGACAAGUCAGGAUGGGCCCCUUAGCACCUAUGUGGUGGCAUUGAACGUGACACAGGGCGAACUCACGACUGAGCUGUGGACCCCAGAAGGAACAGAGGGCUUCACAACAGCCACAGGGAGUGAGAAGACAAGUGGAGAUUCAGCUGGCCCAGGCACAACCUUGGGAGACAGAGCAGGUACCUCCAGGGAAGCAUUUGAAACAACCACUGCUUCUGGAAUUUCUACCACAGCAGUCACUGCUUCCACAGAAGUUAAGGAAACCUCUGAAACUAAAAUGCAAACAAGAUGUCCACCAUCACAUCUACCACCUCCAGUUUGUCAUGGUCCACUGGGAGAAAAGAAAUCUCCUGGAGAGGAAUGGACUGCCAAUUGUUACACGUGCACCUGUACUGAUGCAAAUACUGUGGACUGUAGCCUCAAGGAGUGCCCUUCUGCACCCACAUGCAAAACUGGAGAGAGACUUGUAAAGUUCCAAGAUAACGACACCUGCUGUGAAAUUGGAUACUGUGAACCAAGAACAUGUUUGUUUAACAGUAUCGAUUAUGAGAUUGGUGCUUCAUUUGAUGAUCCCAGCAACCCAUGCAUCUCCUACUCCUGCCACAACACUGGUUUUGUUGCAGUGGUCCAAGACUGCCCAAAGCAGACUUGGUGUCCAGAAGAAGACCGAGUCUAUGAUUCAAAAAAAUGUUGCUAUACAUGUAAGACUAAUUGUAGAUCUUCACCUGUGAAUGUGACUAUUAAGUACAAUGGUUGCCAGAAAAGAGUCGAGAUGGCAAGGUGUGUAGGGGAAUGCAAGCAGACUGUCUGGUACAAUUAUACACUCUUUAAGUUGACAAAUUCAUGCCUUUGCUGCCGAGAAGAUAACUAUGAGUUCCGAGAAGUUGUUCUUAGCUGUCCUGAUGGCAGUACAAUACCUUACAGAUACAGGCACGUCACAACCUGUUCUUGCUCAGACAUAUGCCAACAAUCUGUAACCCCAGCGGUCAGUUAACACUAUUAUAACAUUUCUGGGUAGAACAGGCUAGGUAUUUAUUUUAUAAAUGAACAAAAAUGAUCAACUAAAUAGUAUAACUAAACAUUUGUAUCUCACUCAAAAAGUGAAUUCUCAUUAUGAGGCAUUUUGUUCUCUUGUUGACUGGAUCUGAAAAAUAAAUACAACUUUGCAAGCAA